CCGGGCGCGCCCACGGCACGUCCCGACUCCUCUGUAGCAAGAUUAAGUGUAGUUUAGAUGGACAACACAUGCAGCAGAAAGAGGUUUGCAGGCAAAUGGGAAGUCACGUACAAGGCCCAGCAAAAACGGAGCUAAAAGGCUACGUUAGCAGUCUCUCUCACCCUGGAGCUGACGGAGUUUUUAUCUUCUUUAUGGGUAACUCAGGACACACCCAGUGCUAACUUGAACGCAGGAAUUGAAUGAUCGGAAAGAGGGACAGGGCAGCAACUGGAUCCUUCUGGAAAACACCCCAGCACAAUCACACGUGAGAUAACUUCACCACUGAGGUUACAUCAUUGGCAACAAUGGGUGACUCCAGUGAGGACUAUGGAAACUACACCUAUGAAUACUACAUGGAGUACGGCGACUUGGAGGAACUUAAAGUAGAUCGCAGGCAGACUGAAACUACACACAUUAUCUCAGUGGUCAUCUAUAUUAUUUCUUUUGUGCUUGGUCUGAUUGGAAAUGGAACGGUUAUAUGGGUGACAGCGUUUAAAAGCAAAAAGACUGUCAACAGUGUUUGGUUGCUCAAUCUAGCCAUUGCAGACUUUGUCUUUGUGCUUUUUCUACCCUUCUACAUUGAUUACAUACUACGGGACUUCCACUGGGACUUUGGUGUGGCCAUGUGUAAGAUUAACUCAUUUGUGUCUGUGAUGAACAUGUAUGCCAGUGUGCUCUUUCUCACAGUGCUCAGUGUGGACAGAUAUGUUUCUCUGGUUCACCUCAACUGGUCUCAGAGGUAUCGCAGUGUAGAGAGAGCCUGGUUUGUAUGUGGCUGGAUAUGGGUGCUAGCUGCCGCCCUGAGCUGUCCUGUGCUGAUUUUUCGUGACAUCAUGCACUUACAUGACAAGGUGGUGUGCUUUAACAACUUCCACGCACAGGACGGGCAUACUGCAGCCAUGAGACACAUUAUAAUAGUGGCCAUUCGUACCACCGUGGGCUUCCUUUUGCCUUUUACUGCUAUAUGUGUGACGGGCAUACUUCUGACAAUCAAAGUGAAUCAAUCUGGGGGGGCAGUCCGGCUGUCUGGGUUCUCCAAAACAGUCUCUGCAGUAAUUCUAGCCUUCUUUUUAUGCUGGGCACCUUUUCAUACUUUUAGCUUGAUGGAGUUGUUCAUACAUUCCUCAUUACACCUUCACAACAUACUGAAAGCUGGCUUUCCUCUCGCCACCAGCUUAGGCUUUUUUAACAGCUGCAUUAACCCCAUGCUUUAUAUGCUCCUGAGCAAAAACGUGCGUCAUAUCCUGAAGCGUGCAUGCCUGGACAUAACUAAGAGAUCCCUGAGAGAGCUCAGCCAGUCAAUCUCUGCCACUGAGGUGGAGUCUGUGCCAGGAGUUCACCAGGACAGUGUCCCAGAGGUGCCUGUCGCGUCAUCAACUCUGUGAUAACAACCAUCCUCAGACUGUAGUAGUUGAAAAACACGAGGUUAAGACUGGCUAUUAGUUUAGCGUCAAUGUGGAGGAUUAUGUUUUACAGUAUUUUCUUUCAUUUUAUAGAACUAGGAAAACAUGGACAGAUUACUCAGUAAUGAAAGUAAUUGUUAGUUGCAGCCUUAUAUCAAAUGUAUCUAUAUGUAUUUACUUAAUUUUUUUUAUUGUUGUACUCUUGAAGCAUGACAUCUUUGGUUCAUAUUUUUAUAGUUUUAUAAUGGCUGCUAGUCGCCUAUUAAUGUAUUGUAUUAUUUUUUUACAAGUUGAGAGUUGUAUUAGUUUUAUUCUAAUAUAUUCCAAGUAAAUAGCCUAUAUGUUAAUAAAUGUCUUCUUCUGAA